GCUGCUUUCACGGUGUCCUCUUGUCGCAUAUUGAUCCAGCUAGCUGAUCGUUAGCUUUUGUGUCAGGAUGUUGUCUGUGGUGUGUAAAUGUUUGUCCGUACUUUCUGGCUAAAGGUAUCCGGCAUUUGGAGGCUUUAAUGUUCCGUGCAGGUAAUCUAAAAACCAUCGGCAAAGCGGGAACCGGCUGGCACUUUCGCCGGACGAUGGACGAGCUGGUCCAUGACCUGGUGUCAGCACUGGAGGAGAGCUCUGAGCAAGCUGCCCGUGGUGGUUUUGGUGAUGGAGGGGACCAUGCCCUGGCCGUGGGCUGUCUGCUGAAGAGGCAGGCUCGGAAGCGGAGGGGCAGGAAACGGCGCUCUGACAACCCACACCCGCCUUGGGAGACCGGUCACCUCAGUGAGGGCUCAGAGUCCAGUGUGGAGGAACACAAGGACUAUCGUGCCAGCACAGGGGGAGUCUCUGCUGCCAACAGCCAUGCCCGCGACAACAGCGACUCGGAUGAACAACUUGGCCCCAAACGGCGCAGCCUUCUAACAGCUGAUGCUGGACGUAGCAAGCGGCCGCUUUGGCCGGACGACUUGGGUGUCCUGGGGUCCGCAGAGGGAACCCGCAGCCUUAGACGGAGACGUAAGGUCAAACGUAUGGCUGUAGACCCACCUGCAGAGCCAGAGCCCCCCUCCUCCACCAUGCUAGGGCCCCCACCUGUCCCCAAAGCCCGCCUUGGCGGCAGGCCGCACAGACUGGGUGCAAGUGAUGUCAGGGGGGCCAUGGAGCUGUGUGGAGGUGGACUGAUAGGAACAGGAGGAGGGAAGAACAGGGUGAAGAAGAGGAAGCUGGCUCCCCACAGGCUGGGAAUGGAGGCUGCAGAUGAAGGUGUGGUGGUGGAGAGUGAGGACCCCAUCUGUUCUCCAACGGAAGGGUCCAAGGACAAGAUGGAGUUGGAGGAGCAGAAGGGCUCGGAUGAGGACAUGAGUGACAGGUGUGAGACCAGCAGCGUCAGUAACAGCAGUGAUGGAGGCCUCUACACCAAUGAUGAGGGGCGUCAAGCUGACGACGAGCAGAGCGACUGGUUCUAUGAAGGGGAGCCAGGCUCCGGUUCAGGGCCCGGAGGUGCGUGUGGGAUAGCAGGAGUGGUUCCUUGGUGGGAGAGAGAGACAGGGUCAGAGGAGCUGGACCUUGCUGACCCUGUUUUCAAUAGCAUCCUCACUGGAUCCUUCCCACUCAUGAGCCCUGGGGCACAGAGAGGGUUCCAGGCCCGGCUGAGUCGUCUCCAUGGAAACCAGCAGGCGUCUCAGGCGGGGCUGCAGGGCAACUCCAGCCAAGGCUUCAGUGACAGACUGGGCAGACAAACCCAGGACUCCCACGAGCCUUGGUUUAGCUCAGGCUCAAGGAGAGAACAUGGACAGUUGCAUUGGGACCCGCGGUCAGACAGAGGGCAUCGGAGAAGCUGUUCAGUGAAAACAGCCAGCAGACAGACCAGCGGGCACCUCGGCUCUCUAUGUACAGGGGAUGUCAAGCGGAGGCGAAAGGCAGCCCCCCUCGGUUCCACCGCCCCCUCAGGAGUGGUCGGUGAGAAUGCGCCUCCCAUCCCUGACACGAACAUGGGGAGCCGCAUGUUACAGACCAUGGGCUGGAGCCCGGGCAUGGGCCUGGGUCCAGAGGGCAGGGGCAUCACUGAGCCCAUCCGGGCCACGCAGAGACCUAAAGGCACAGGUCUAGGUUUCAACUGAACACCUGGUUUGUGGAUCCUGAACCUGACACCGGCUGGGACAAGAUGCCUCGAGAGCUACAAGGAGCGAGGAAGAUAAAAAUGCUGCUCAGGGUGAUGAACGAUAAAAAACGGCCCAGAAUAAUCCAGACAUGUGACUCAUAAGAAGGGAAGGAAUGAGGCUUUGCCUAGCAACAGAGUCUGUGAUGAAAGAGAAACUUUCCCAUAUUGGGGAAACUGCAAGAAGCCUGGGAUAUCCACAGCGAGAGAGUGACGUGAAGGUGAAUAAAACUGAGCAGGAGGAAAGACUUGUUGCAGACGUGUCCUCUCAAGAAGCUCCAUGUUGGAGAAAAUAAACUACAUUGAUGCCUCGUUGUUAGUGUGUUAAGCUGGCAUGCUGCCUCAGCCCCGUUACCUCAGCUGCCAUCGUCACUGGCCGGAAAACUGGGGUAGUGAUGACCAUAUACUGAGCCAAUGACGACAGUGUGGCUUGUUCUCAGUCAGCUGUGUUGGUUAGUGAAUUAACGAUAAAUGGUUUUGGUCUGAUAUCGCACAAAAAGGCCGUACCUCAAGAUUCAUUUUAGGUUCCUUUUUAGGGUAAUGAAGGGUACACUGUACUGGAUGUGUGUCGGAAUAUGUGGAUCGUUUCCCAUCUGUUUUAUUGUUCAUUUAAUGGAAGACGUCAUGUCAGCAGAAUGUUUUUAUCUACCCAAAAACACAAAGAAAGAUAAAAAUCAAACCCACAAUUUUCCCUUUAUUUAGCACCACUAUGUAUGCAUGCUGCAGCUGUGGCUUCUGCGGGGUCUGCUGAUGUUUAGGAAGAAACACAUUCAGACACGUGAGCUAAAGUCUUGCAUACGACUAGCUUGAAAGUUGUAUUUUACUCAGUUUAGGAACGUGAAACCGACAUGUUUGUGCCGCAUUUAGGCGAACAUAACCGUACUCAGACUUGAAAUACAGUAUAUGGAAACAUGACUGAUUGUCAGACUACAAGCAUUUUAGCAUCUCCAAAUUCCAGCGGAAGAGAAUUAAUAAUUUCUCUCUUUUCAAUGUCUUCAUAAGUUAAAAAAUGAAGGAAUAUUUCUGUCAUUAUACACACGUAAAGGUCCUACAUACCGUUGUUUUACAUGUGUUUUCACUUGAUCAGCCUGACGUGAAAACACCUGUAAGACUUUGCAGGGCCUUUAACUCAAAAUAGUAGAGGAAGUGCUACUUUAAUUCCAUUGUUGUAUUAGUUUUAGCCCCAUUGUCAUUGACUUCACUGUGAUAUUGUUUCUUGUGUUUAUUUAGACUGGUGAGUAAUAUAGCUUACCUGCAACCAUAGAUUAUCCUGAAAACAGAUUUGAAAUUAUUCUAAGUGCAGGUAGAGAGAUUAAAGUCUAGAAAAACAAAUUAUGAAUUAAAAAUGUGCAGGAAGUUGUACUGUAACGAUAUUUGUUUCCUCUGCUCUGUUGUUGUAACCACGGAACACCAGAUUUAUGGUCUUGUGCCCCUCUAGGCCUGUUCAGAGAAGUGUGAGAUAUCAGUGACAGAAACAAGUAUUAAACUCAGAGACUGCCGAAA